AUGGACGACGAAGACGAUAAUAGUAGGAAUACGGCGUCUGAAGGUCGUAAGCGCCCUCGAUCACGAAACGACGACGCGCCAUCCUCGGCGUGUGAUCAAUGCCGAUAUCGUAAGAUCAAGUGCGACAGGCUUCAACCAAAGUGUUCUAGCUGUCGUAAAACCGACAUCGCUUGUACUUCAUCCGGCACCGUUAAGCGUGUGAAUCAAACCAAGCAGCUUCGAGAUGAUUUCACCACCGUCUUAGAGCGUCUCGACGGCGUCGAUCAGACUUUAAGCGCUCUCACUAAAAUCACCGAACAACUUGCCGCUCGAACAUUCUCAUCCAACUCGAAUACCUCUCCUCCGACUUCAUCUUUAUCUCAACCAACACAGAUCUCGGGUAACGAUGAAGGUAGUGCCAUUUUACCAAGCGCUCAGAGGGAUCGACCUGGACGGGUAGCCGAGGAUGGAUGUCGGCAUGAAACUAUAAGAUUAAGUCAAGGGGGCGAGCGGAUUUAUAGCUAUCCUGCGGCUAUUCCUUUACUUAUAUCUUUAUCGAAGCAGCUAAGCCAAGUUCUCGUCGAGCACGGGAGUGAACAAGACGGCAGUGUAGACGCGAUUGUUAAGGACCCAGCGUUGCGAAUUGCUCUUCGACGACAGCUCCAAAACUUUCCCUUCCCGCGGUGCCAGCAACCCGUCGUGGCGAGCGACCACAAGCCUAUGACAACUCCGCCACGAUUUUUGGUUGACUUGUUUGUUAACAACUUCUUGCGCAAUAUCAACAUCCGCUUUCCAAUAUUCGACGAGACAUUACUUUAUCGUGCUAUCGAUUCGUAUUAUUCGGGCGAGUCAUCGGGCGAUAGUGGCGCUUGGACGUCCAUAUUCAACAAUAUCGUUUUACUUGGUUUGGGCCUCGAGGUGCAGGUAGUGGAAGCUACCCAGUCUAAUACGAGAAAUAUGAACAAUGAUUUACUUCCUUCUUUCUUACAGAACUGCGACCGUGCUCUAGCUAAUCUCGAUUCUUUCACAUGUCCCUCUAUAAUUAAUGUUCAAGCGCUCAUAGUGUUGGCCCUCACAUCUAAGCAGUUCUAUGGUAAUAUAAUGUUUGAACGUAUAUGCCAGACGGCCUGUCAGGUCGGCCUCACUCUUGGUCUCCACCGAUCUAGAACCAGUGAGGACGACGCCGGCCACGAACAAACAGAGUGGGAACGACUAUUCAGAGUUCUCUAUGCUCUAGACAAACAACGUGCUUUCAUGUCAGGCCAAACCUGCGAUCUCCAUUUAUUCGAUUCCGACUUAACUUUGAGCUCCAUUAGCGACAAUGAGCUGCCAAGUCGGCGACUCAACAACGCUUUCGACCACAUGAUGGAAAUAUGGGAAGAAAUAUACCUCUCACUUUAUUCAUCGAGAGCGAAUACCGCCGGAGAAGCAUAUCGCGUUCGACAGGCGCGUCGCAUGACUCAGCUUGUAGAUGAAUGGAACCAGCAAAACCAUGAAUUAAUAGCUGCUACACUCCCAGAAGAUAUAGCAGGGCUAGCUAACGUACAACUUGAACUGAAUUAUUGUUAUCAUGUAACUCAGGUCCUUUGCCUUCGCCAUGAUCGCCGGGAUGAGCCUGCUCAGCAUCAAAUGCGCAACCAUGCUCGCAUCUGUCUUAGACUUAUUUCCGAGGCUGGUUCUCCGUCACUCACUACAGCAAGCUUAGCUUUACUAGACCGAAUGCUCGGCAACUAUCCCGUAGUAGCAUUCGUAGAGCUGGUCGCAUUUUAUUUCAACACCUUAGCCAAAGGUGAAGUCCCGGAACCAGAGCUCGAGGCUGAUUUAGAAAUCCUAUGGGCUAUUUGUCGGUAUCUCCAGGCUUUGCAUAAUCCCAGCUUUCAGGCGACAUAUUACCCUCGUCUACGAGAUGGCUUAACAUGGGCUCUAGAAAAUAUCGAAAUUAUGAAAACUAAGCCAGUAGGUCAAUCACAGGGACCUCUAGACUAUAUUGAUAUCAGCCCACUCGACCUACGCUGCCCAAAUUCCUUCUUCAUACCGGCCACUACCUCAAGUCCAGAAGGAAAUCCAAUUUCAACUAGUUCCCCAGCCAAUAUAACGCGAGAACCCUCGAACAUACCCCUGAUGCGACUUCCCGAAGAUGGUAGAAUAGCUCUAGGGCAGUCUACAAUAGAUCUUACAAGCUUCGACUUUUGUACAACUGCACCUCCGUCAACUUCUUUAGAUGGACCCGGUCUACAAUCUUAUUCCGUACCCAGUCACUCGGAAUAUAAUCCAACGUCAGAUCUCUUCCAGCUAUUUACGACAGAAGAAUGAGUUGAGUGGUUUAUUUAAGUACUCCUUUUCUACGCCGGUGUUACUUAUACAUUUCGACUGAUUGUCCAACUCAGUUGUACCUAACACCCAUGAAAUCACGUACUUGGCUAAAAAGAAUUAAGUUUAUAUCAGUCAAUAUUGAGAGAGCUGGAAGGCCAGUUGUGGACAAUGACUGAAUUCAUCAUCCAGCGCAAAAUUACGAGCUUAACACUAAUCUAAAUAUAAUGACAUAUCUGGCGUCCUCUUUUAAUCCGCUUGGCAUAUCAAUCGACAGCCACGAGUCGUAUAAUAUGGUCUUAAAUAAUACGUAUCGAAUUAUACACAAGAUAGUCAUGCAUCAUUCGCACUUGGCCUUCGGCGCGUGACCCCGAAAGAUUUCAACAUAUUCAAUAAAAGACUAGAACUAGGACUCCGUCAAAGUUUUAUAAACACACUGGAAUUCGGGCUAGCAAUAGCAUCGACGUCCGGCCUUAUGAACACUGGAUGUUAGAGUAGUAACGGUGUUUGACUAGAGGUAACAUGCUUGGCGUCUACCCUUUUCUUACUUGUAUGCUAUCCACUAUUUCACGAUAUCCAGCCCCGAAAAUAUGGGCCAAAGACGAGUACUAUGUAAGGAGUGUGGAACUGAGCCGAGACUAAACUAAAAUCUGACUGAGGCAACCCAAUCGGCCGA